AUGCCAAGCGCGAAGCACGCAAGUCCCAGCUGCGCCCACUCCGCAAUGCCAACGUACAACCGUCCCAAACGUGCCCACGGUGUCAACGGACAUUCAGGGCGCCAAUUGGACUUGCUGGAAACCUUCGGAUCAACUGCACCACUCGGACCGCACCAACCGUCGUCCCUCCGUCCACCUCCUCCUCGUCCUCUACGCCGUCAACAAAUUCUGACCGCCCUCCUGGACCACCACUCCCAGCCUUCUCCUCCCCUCCCCGUCCUGCUCCUCCCCCUCCUCCUCCUGUUUCUCCUCCUCCUCCUCCUCCUUCUCAACCGCCCCAGCGUCUGCCGUUGUGGCGUCUGCCAUGCACAUCAACACUAUACACAAUCCUGA